CAAGUGAAGGAGGAGGAGGGCGCUCGAGAGCUCUACCGCGUCCAGCCGGUGAAAUCCACGCACACAUUCACACGCGGGUGGAAUUGUCAAAACGCUCAUAGUGGGGGCACGCAGACGCGGACUGGAACCGGCGGCGGCGGGGGACGCAAUCGGAAGCAUCCCUAUCCCCCGGGCUGCAUCUCGCUGCUCCAAGAGGGAGGCCCCGGGCGGCGACGGGAUGUAGCAGCGGAUUAACGGCCGAGGAGAGCGGCGGGACGCGGAGGGAAGGACAUGGGGAAGGACCAGGAGCUGCUCCAGGCCGUCAAGACCGAGGACUUGCUGACAGUUCAGCGGCUCCUGCAGAGACCUCGGCCCGGGAAAGCCAAGCUCCUUGGAGCAGCCAAGCGGGUGAACGUCAACAUCCAGGAUGCAGAUGGGUUGUCGCCUCUGCAUCACGCCGCUCUGAGUGGCAACAAGGAGAUGAUCGCGUUGCUGCUGGAGGCUCAGGCAGCAGUGGACAUUAAAGACAAUAAAGGCAUGCGCCCUCUGCAUUACGCCGCCUGGCAGGGCAAGACGGAACCAUUAAAAAUGCUGCUGAAGGCGGGCUCGUCUGUCAACGGACAGUCGGACGAAGGACAGAUCCCGCUCCACCUGUCUGCUCAGCAUGGACACUACGACGGGUCUGAAAUGUUGCUGCAACACCAGUCCAACACAUGUAUCUCAGACAUGGCGGGAAAGACGCCGCUGGACCUCGCUUGUGAAUUUGGACGUGUCGCGGUGGUUCAGCUCCUCCUCAGCAGCAACAUGUGCGCCGCCAUGCUGGAGCCCAAACCCUCCGACCCCAAUGGGGUCUCGCCCCUCCAUCUGGCUGCCAAGAACGGACACAUGGACGUAAUAAGGUUGCUGAUUCAGGCUGGCAUUGACAUCAACAGGCAGUCCGAGUCUGGUACAGCUCUACAUCAGGCCGCCCUCUGUGGGAAAACGGAGGUAGUGCGACUCCUGCUUGAAAGUGGCAUAAGUGCUGGAGUGAGGAACACGCUGAGUCAGACAGCACUGGACAUCGUGAACCAGUUCACCACCACGCAGGCUAGCCGUGAGAUCAAACAACUCCUCAGAGACGCGUCAGCCGCCAUGCAGGUGCGAGCGCUGAAGGAUUACUGCAACAACUACGACCUCACCAGCCUCAACAUCAAAGCUGGAGACAUUAUCACGGUUUUAGAGCAGCACUCCGACGGUCGGUGGAAAGGUUGCAUUCACGAUAACCGCACAGGAAAUGACCGCGUGGGCUACUUCCCGUCCAACAUGGUGGAAGUCAUCAAGAGGGCAGGUCUGUCCCCCUCCCAACAGUGCCACACGCUUCUACUGCGCAGGCCCAACCCCUGUCCCGUUGGCUCGCUCAACGGACACUCGUACCCCCCCACCAAGGUUCUCCCCCUGCACCUGCCCUCCCCUCCUACCCCUCACUCAAACGCACAAUCCCUCCCUCGCUUCUCCUCGUUCGGGUACGUGCCUUUUCCCAUCUCUCCACCUUCUCUCUCCACUCCUCCUCCGCCUCCUCUUUCUACUCCUCCUCCUCUCUCCACUUCUCAGGAGCAGCAAAGUCAGACAGGUUCGCGGACCACCGAGUUGAGUCCUCAGGGCUCUCCUACUUUGGGCCAGCAGAGCAGCACCAGCGAGGACAUCUGGGUACUCCGCAAACCGCUUGCAGGGGGCGAACGCAGUGGCAGCGUGGGCAGCCUCGGAAGCGCCCGGUCAUCAAGCAGCCUUCAAGGCUCGGGCAACACGCACGUAUUGACCACACCCGCGCCCAGUCCUCAUCCAGCACCGACGCCGGGAGUCAACACGCACGGCCUUAACGCUCCGGGUCUAAAUGCACAAGCGGAGGGCGUUAAGCUCCUGGCAACCGUCCUUUCCCAGUCAGUAAAAGCCAAGGAGCAUCUAUUGGAGCAGUCGCAGUCCAUUGAGCAAUCAGCAGGUUCUUCCACCUCCAUGGCUCACGAGCAGCGGCCGUUCGAGCGCAAGACGGAGGAGGACGAUGGGAGAAAGCAGGCAGUAGUGGCGUGGCUGGGUGAAUUUCAGCUGCAGUUCUACACCACCCACUUCCUCACAGCGGGAUACGAUCUAGACACCGUUAGCCGCAUGACCCCCGAGGACAUGACGGCGAUCGGGGUCAUGAAGCCUGGACAUCGGAAGAAGUUAAUGUCAGAGAUCAGCAAGCUGCCCUCCACCGAUUGGCUACCAGACCGCAAGCCCGCCAAUCUGGCAGACUUCCUUUCUCACUUGGGACUCAGUCAGUACUACCAGGUCCUGGUGCAGAACGGUUACGAAAACAUCGACUUCAUCUCUGACAUCAGUCUGGAGGAUCUUCAAGAGAUUGGUAUUUCCAAACUUGGCCAUCAGAAGAAGCUGAUGUUAGGAGUAAGGAGACUGAAAGAAUUACAGAGAGGAGGAGUUGGUACGGAAGUUCAAGAGAGUACUGCUACACCUCCAUCAAGCCCCAGCGGCAGCGUCUCGGAGCCCCGCGCAGAGGCGAGGAAACAGCGGGAGGGUGGUCCCAGCCCGUUGGCGAAACCACGCCCGAGUGUCUCUCAUUCCCCAAAUACCCCGCACACGCCAGCACAAACCCCGCCACAAACCCCCACGCAUACUCGAAACCAGCAGGCCUCUCCCAGGGCUCGGCCGCGACCUUCCACCCAGCAGGCGACCAAGGCGGAUUCGCCCGUACCGACGCUGCGGCUGCCGAGCGAAGAGGAGGAGCGACGGAGAACUAACAGUCUGAUCGGCCCCGAAACAGACUCGCGUUACGCCACCGUGUGCCGUAGCAGCUCCGAGCGCACCCCAGUCGUCGCCAACGAUGUGACCGUCAACCGCAGCCAGUCGUCGGUCACGCUCCGUCCUCGCCGGAAGGGUCGGCCCCCGACGCCUCCGAAACGGUCCUGUUUGUCCAUCACCGGGGGCGACGGAGAGGGAGAAGCACAAGUGGAGGGGCUCCUCGGACUGCCCACGUUUCGAGAGAGGCGAGCCAGCGACUGCGGCCGCCUGGGGUCAGCUUUAAGGGCUCAGGAGUCAGCGGGCCUGGAGAGAUCAGAGGGGGCUUCUGGGAGCGUACGCAGUCUCGCAGCUAUGCUUGAGACGUCCAUUGUGAGUGGAGCCAAAACCCUACCAAGAAAUCUGGGAAGCAGCGCCAACAACCUGCAGGUCAGCCCUCCCACACUCCGACGCCAGGCCGGCUCAGGCGGUCUCGGAUCGGAGGAUGACGACGUCCUGAAUCGACGCAGGACCGUCAGCGGACCCGAGGAGGCUCCUCGGCAACGUCCAGAACCACGACCCCGAUCUACCGUCGUCUCCUCUGCCACGGAGAUCUCAGAUGGCUCGGCGACACUCCGAAGGAAACCUCGCCCUCCUUCGACUGACCCCGAAGCGCCCGCGACUCCCACGGUCGUCACCAUGACGACCGGCUCUGACACCUUACGUCGGAGGCAGCGCGUAGCCGAGCCAUCGGAAGGCGUUGUCCAGACAAGAAAUAAACAAACAGACUCUUCCAAAAGUCCGGGUGAAGGCAGCCGGCAGCAGAACGGCGGCGUGGUGCUGAGGCGGAGACCUGUAUCGGAGGCAUCUGAGAGGUCAGAGAAGACUCAAGAGAGCUGUGAGUGGAUGGAGGCCAGGAAGAGUCUGAAACCACCGGUCUCACCCAAACCUUCCUCGGUGGCGCUGAGGAAAACGACAGCUGAUCCUCCGACCCCGACACGACGGGUCCCCAUUCCUGGUCCUGAUAGUGCUGACGUGGCACAGAGUCCUGAAUCAAAGCGUGUUCCUCCUCCUGUAUCGCCUAAACCUCGCGGUCCACCAACAGCGCCCAAACCAGCCAAAGCUGCAGUCGCCUCUUCUGCUGUCAGCCCAGCAGCCACUAGUCCCGCGGCUCCAAAGCCCUCCCCGCUGCCCUCUGCCGCCCCUCUUCCCGCUCCCGACACCCCUUCCGGCCCUUCCCUCUCACCGGGACUCCCGCUUACGUCGCCUUCGCCUGCCCAGAGCCCAUCUACGCCGUCUCCUCACCCCGUCAAACCACCGCGCUCAUCCAUCGCCGGCCUCUCCAUCGACCUGGUAGGAUUGCAGGAGGAGGAGGAGAAGAGGAAGGAGAGAGAGCAGAAGAAGCAAGCGGAGGAAGAGGAGAGGACGUCGACAAAGGGGGAAGGAGGCGCAGAAGAAGAAGGGGCGCAGAAUCGUCUGGAGGAGACCAGCGCCUCUUUAGCUGCAGCUUUACAGGCUGUGGAACACAAAAUGCAAGGGGAUGAAGAACAAAAUGACAAGAAGACAACCGUCUCCAUACUGGACGACAUCGGCAGCAUGUUUGACGACUUGGCCGACCAGCUGGACGCCAUGCUUGACUGACACGCCGAGUCCCGACUCCCCCCGUGCGUCCGUUCCCUUUCUCCAGAUAGCGUCGAGAAACACCGCUCCAGAGGCCGCAAAAGUGUUUCACGCGCAAAUAAAGUACACAGCCUGCGAUGCUCCGAGCUGACUGAGAAGCACAAUCAUUCUCAUCUCUACAGACGAGAAGAAAAUACAAGCACAUGGAAGCAGACAGUUGAGGAUGCAUUUUUGCUGCUCGGUGCUCUCCACUGAAGCUCCCGCUGCGUGCGUGACGCGCCGUCUCCGUUCAUGUCGUCGUUGUGGCCGUUUUUGUCGUCCAGUUACGAGUGUGUAUCGUCCUUUACCGAAAUGUCAGUGUCCUUCUUCCAAUCAUUCACGAUGUACUUACUCCUAUGAUGUGUGGCCAGAAAUUCUGGGGCACACCAAAACACUAGAAGUGGGGGGGGGGGGGGGGGCUGAAGUCACUCUACUUUAGUGGAGUUAGACUUAAAUUGCUGAUUUUAGGACUUGCUUGACUAUAACUUCAGGAAUAAUAUACUAUGAACAAGGGCGUAGGUUUGCAUAGGGACAGUAAGGACAUAACACUACCAACUUUUCAGGAUGCUUAAAUUGUCCCCACCAACUUUUAAGUAUUCUUAUUUUUUGCAUUAUAUAAUGAGUUCAGUUAUAUAGGUAAGUUAGAUUGUCUUCCCAUAUGUUGUAUGGAUAGAAUAGACCCUUCCAUUAUUACGUGAAUUAUUUUCAUUUACACACUCACACAGCCCUGACAGAUUCAUGUCGACAACAUGCCGCCUUCUCCGCCCCCUUCGAAGAGGGAUAUUAGAAGUCUUGUUUUGUUUCGGCCAGCAGCAGCCACUGUAAGUAAUGUAAAAAGACGUCAAUGAUGUGGAAGUAGGGGAAACACCAAUAGUUUUGGCACUGAAAGUCUGACCUGCAUCAGAGUUAGCAUAACAUUAAACUGUGAACUUGCUAACCUGCAAAACUACUGCGGUCAGGCCAGCCUCCACAAGGAACAGCUAAGUCAAGCUAGCCGUCCCUUAUUUGGAUCAUUGUUUGCAUUAUGUGCAUCGCGCUAAUGUAACGCGGUGGCUUCAGAGUGCAAGUCCCAAAAACAAACAAAACAAAACGGGAGCUAUCCAAGAAUGGGUCCACCUCCGUCGGACACUGACAUGAACAUGAACUGACAUAAAAAAAAAAAAAUAUGUGAAAUGGAAUCACACGUCAGAAUUUCAAUUUGGUUCAAGUCUAGUAUGCAUAAGAUGUACAGUAGAUCAGUCCUUGGAUAGCUCAGAUUUUUUUCCAUUAUUUUUUCCCGGAUCACUUUUAUAUAUGGCGGAAAACACAGACAAGGCUUAAAAAGCAGUUUCUGCUCUUGCACCCCUCUUUAAAAUAAACUGCUGUAUUUUAAGCCGAAGGUUGUGUUUUAUUGAACAAUGGCUAUAUGCUGCCAUUGCAGAUUCAUGGCGCAUUAAGCCGCCGAACUAUUUAUAAUAUGCCCGUUUUACCCUGGAAACCCCAGUUUACAGACAUCGCGCAACCGCUUUUGUUUCAACCUAGCCAUUAAAAAAGAAGGUAAGUAAACGUAUUUAUUAUUCGAAAUGUCUGUCAUUUUUAGCUUAGAAUCAUGAAAUGAUGUCUAAUAUUUAGUUAAAAAAAAAAACGACUUUAAAAAAUUAUUCACUUGCAUAUUUUAAACUUUUAAACAAAUUCCGUCACAGUGAAAAAAUUGGCGUCUGUAAAAAAAAACAUGGCUAUCUACCUCAUAACUAUCGCUUCGUUGUAUUUUUUUCAAUACUGUCACAUUUCCCCCAAUAUUUUAGAUGAUAAAUCAUCGAUCCAACAAAGAAGAAUUUACAAAAAAACAUUUAAAAUGGUAAAUAAUGUAUAUGAAAAUGAAGAUCUCAAUUACUCCUUGAUGUCUGCGAUUUCUGCAUCGCGACCCUUGUUAUAUUACCAUGUUUCACCCAUAAAAUCCCCAAAAAAUCCAGCUGUGGCCAUUCACAGCUGUGUCUUGACACUGGGUGAUACAUGCUACAUGGAGUUUUUGGAUCGAAAAGAGGGAAGUACGCAACAACAUCUUGUUAAAAUCAUGGCGUCUUUAUUUAUGCUCUCGCGUGCUCUUUUUCAUUGUGACAUAAUUUGUUUAAAAGUUUACUAUGUGAGUAAAUAAUUCUAUAAAGUAAAUUUUUAAACUAAAAAUUAGACAUCAAUUAAUGAUUCGAAGCUAAAAAUGGUAGCUAUUUUGAAUAAUAAAUAUAACUAUUUACUAGGGUUGUUCCCAUCAUGUUUUUUUUGCUCCCGAUCCGAUCCCGAUCGUUUUAGUUUGAGUAUCUGCCGAUCCCGAUAUUUCCCGAUCCGAUUGCUUUUUUUUUUUGCUCCCGAUUCAAUUCCAAUCAUUCCCGAUAAUUUUUCCCGAUCAUAUACAUUUUGGCAAUGCAUUAAGAAAAAAAUGGAUAAAACUCGGACGAAUAUAUACAUUCAACAUAUAGUACAUAAGUACUGUAUUUGUUUAUUAUGACAAUAAAUCCUCAAGAUAGCAUUUACAUUAUUAACAUUCUUUCUGUGAGAGGGAUCCACGGAUAGAAAGACUUGUAAUUCUUAAAGGAUAAAUGUGACUUUGUAUAUUGUGACUAAAUAUUGCCAUCUAGUGUGUUUGUUGAGCUUUCAGUAAAUGAUACUGUAGCCAUUUAACUGUUCUGCCCAAAUGCAUGAUGGGAAGUGCAACCCCGACUGUGCGUAGUGGCACCAAUUGAUAUAUCUUCUCUGCGUUGGGAAGUAACAUAGGGUGUUAAUGAAAAGACCAACUACUACCGUUCUUCUCCACAUUGCUUCCCACGAUAUUUCUAAUUGUUGAGAGAGGGAUUUUAAGGCUUUAGCCAAUUAAAUAGAGGCUCCAAAGACUGCCAAAAUUCUCUCUACUCAUUUUAAGCUGCCUGUUAGCUCUAUACAUAGGUAAAACGGCGUCAUUAUAGAUUGAACGCAACAACGCGUGAGUGGGUUGUGCAGCGCAUGCGUUAAUUGCAUUAAAUAUUUUAACGUGAUUAAUUUUUCAAAAAUUCAUUACCGCCGUUUACGCGAUAAAUUUGAUAGCCCUACUUUAUGCCAAAACUAAAGACUCUAGAUGAAUGUAAGACAUUUUGUCUGUAACGUUAAAUACAAUUAAAAAACGAUUUAAUUAAAAAAUAUAUAUGUUGAAAAAAAGGCAUGUCCGAUAUUUUUUUGCCGAUUCCGAUACUUUGAAAAUGACGUGAUCAGACAUCUUUACUUCUAACCUUCUUUUUAUGGCUGGGUUGAAACAAAAGCGGUUGCGCGGU